GCUACUUUUUGAUUGUGUAUUGCUCCUUACAAAUUUAAAUAUACUCAUGCCAUUUAUACCAAGUCAUAAAUACUCCGGCAUAUUUCUUUAACAUAUUCUUGUAUACUUAAUUCUACAACACAACAAUUCUCUGGUUCGAAAUUUCCUCCACAACCCAACAACUACUUAUUUUGCCAUCAUCUUCUUUAUCUCUCUCUCUUAAUUGUUACGUUACUCCAUUUUUAAUCUCAAGAAAUGAAAGCUUGGAGUCCCAAUCAUCAUCGUCAUUACGUUCUUUUCUUCCAGAUUCUUCUCUUGCUUGUUACACCCUCUUUCUUCCAAUCUUGUUCUAGUCUCAAGAUCGGAGAAACUUGUUCGAAAGAUAGCGAUUGUGAUUCGGGGCUCCGAUGCGAAACUUGUGGUGCAAAUGGAAAUACUCGACCUAGAUGUUCUCGGACUCAACCGAUUAAUCCUACUUCUAAGGUGAAGGGGCUGGCGUUUAACAAAUACUCAUGGUUAACGAGUCACAAUGCUUAUGCAAUGUCGGGUAGCACAAAGUCAGCUACCGGUUCAUUUCUUUUGGCUCCGACCAAUCAAGAAGACUCCGUAACUUCUCAGCUUCGGAAUGGUGUCCGAGGGUUAAUGCUGGACAUGUAUGACUUCCAAAACAACAUUUGGCUGUGCCAUUCAUUUGGAGGCAAGUGCUUCAAUUUCACAGCAUUUCAACCAGCAAUUAACGUGCUCAAGGAAAUUGAAGCUUUUCUGCGAGGGAAUCCGACAGAAAUUGUUACAAUCUUCAUAGAGGAUUAUGUGACUUCACCAAUGGGCCUCACCAAGGUCUUCAAUGCAGCCGGACUCAACAAAUAUAUGUUCCCUCUAUCUCGGAUGCCUACAAAUGGAAGUGACUGGCCGACUGUGGAUGAUAUGGUGCAGAAAAAUCAACGAUUGGUGGUAUUCUCUUCUAUGAAAUCCAAGGAGGCGUCCGAAAAGAUUGCCUUUCAAUGGAAGUACGUUGUCGAAAACCAAUAUGGCGAUGAAGGGAUGGUUGCCGGUUCAUGCCCUAACCGUGGAGAAUCACCACCCAUGAACACGACGACAAUUCCUCUGGUACUUGUAAAUUACUUCCCAACAAAUCCCAAUUCAUCACAAGCUUGUGCGGAAAACUCGGCUCCUUUGAUCAACAUGAUAAAUACCUGUGUUGAACAAGAUGGAAAAAGAUGGCCAAACUUCAUUGCUGUUGACUAUUACCAGAGGAGUGAUGGCGGUGGAGCUGCUGAGGCAGUUGAUCAAGCCAAUGGUCAUCUCACUUGUGGAUGUGACAGUAUUGCCUAUUGUAAGGAUAAUGGAACCUUUGGGUCAUGUGACGUCCCAAAAUUUGCACCUCCGCCUCCAGCAGCAUUGUCAUCAACAGAAGGUGGGGGUUCAUCGACUCAAUCAAAUCACGCCCAUACAUAUAACCACAAGGCUUUACAACGUUGGUUGUAUGGUUCAAUGCUUGCGUCGUUAACAUUGUUAGUCUUGUAAGUUUUUGUCAUCUGAGUAUCGGUUGUAUUCUUUUCGGCUUGCCUCAGUACAAACGAUUGUUAAUGAGGGUAUUCUUCCCAAUUUUCCUCACUCGUGUAAAAUAUGAAUGGUAUUCCGUACAUGUUUUAAACUAUUUUUAAAUCUAUUUCCAACUCAUUUGCCCAUCACUCGACAUGCACUGAUAUCUUCAAGGAACGUACAAGUAUAAUAAAUCAAACAUACUUCUAUUAACCUAAUACCAAGUGAUUUCCACUUAGAUAGGAUUUGAAUAUAUGCAACAUUACCUUUGAUUGCAAAUCUAAUAAUCUAUAUAAAAAAUACCAUCACAGAUCUUUUGCAAUCACUCGACAUGCACUGGUUUUUUUUUUUUAGAAACAUAUAAGUAUACAUUUAUUGCCCUAAUACCACGUGAUUUCUGGCUAGAUAGAGUUGAAGGGUCGUAUAUGGGUAACAUUACCUUUGAUUGCAGAUCAAAUCAAUGAUCUAAAAGUACCAUCAUGGAUAUCUUUUGUACUAACCAAUCCCAGGACUCGAGUGGUAAUCCUUGUGGUUGUUGAUCAUGUUAGUUGUCUUUUGGUAGCAAUAACGAAUGACCUGUCAUGGACCGUAUAUUGUAUCCUUUCUCAUAAUAAUAGGCCGUGCGAGAAAUAAAUAGCAAGAUCAUGACAAUUGAGUAGUCCUCUCGUUCUUUCUCUCUUGAUUUAUAGAGUUCAAACCUUUGUUGCUGUUAACAUCCAAAGGGCGUACAACAGUACAAGAAACAGGUUUUGUUAAAAGGGACUAGAAUGAUUUCCUUUUUAUACUACUUCGUUCUAAAGAUAUCUUUCACCUUUUUAUUAAUACGAGUCUAUUAUUUUAGGUACAUAUUUAUAAGAAUCAAGUUUUGUAUAGUUGGAGAGCAGGAACUGAGUUCGAUUCUCACCUAACAUUUUCCUUCUUCCGGAGUGCCUUUUAGUUAAAAAGAACAAGAACACAUUAUCUUUACAAAUAAGAGAUUUAACAUGUCAAAAAAAUAAUUUUGCGAAUUACAAUAUUAAAGCUUAGAAUUUUUGCGAAUUACAGCCUCAAUAUUUUUUUUUGGCAAACUACAGCUAUAAAAGUAUCA